CACACGAAGGUGAAAUACCCGAGAAAAGAACAGGCUCUGCAACUCACCGUCAGCGGACAUGCAUUUUUGCAAGAAAAUGAAAAAUGACUGCGAGUGAGUGCACCUGCUCCUGCACAAGUAGUGCGUACUGUUCUAAUAUCCUGCUGACUGGCUGCUUCUAUAGAGCAGCUUUAAACUUUUCAACACGUAUCUGUUUAGAGAAACAAAACGCAAUCUUCCCUCAACAGGAUGGCUUUCGGCAUCGUCAAGAAGUCGCUGCUUUCCUUCGCGGCAUUUGCCGCGUCGUCUGUGCACGGGCUCGUCCCCCCUACGGAGACGGAGUUUUCCGAUGAAGGCGAUACCCGCGGCGCGAAGACGCAGGACGAGACCGGCACCACGUCUGGGGACCUGCAAGCCGUCGUCGGGAGUGAUGGAAGUACGGUAGCUGCAAUAUCCAACAGAAAAAAGCAGGCAGGGCAAUUGUACAAUGCAAAAAGAAAUAGACAGCAAAACCUGUACGUGCACUUCUGUGUAACCUAAAGUAAAGCACGCUAUGGGCUCGCCCAUAGGAGAUUUUUGUUUUGCAGCUCUUUGGUUAUUUUUUGAAGGUACAAAUAUAUAUAAUUCCCUGUCUGCUUUAUUCUGUGUGAUAUGCAAUGGUGGACGUGAACAAGGGAGUCGUCGCGGCUGUGGUGAUCGGCGUGAUAUGCAUUGUUCGCAUCGGUUUAGGUACAUGAAGAUUGGAUCAAGUUCAAGCUGCAGUUUUCAGAAAAACAAAAUGAACUGGACGGAACAAGCAAUUUGUGUCAUGCUGUUUGUGGAUGGUGGAUGGUAUGGAUGCACAAAGACUGAUUUGGCUUUUCAUGCUGCGACGUACAAAGCUCCAGCAUGAUUUUUUUUUUUCCUUUUGUCGAUCGUCCAGGACGAGGACCAUGUUAAUGUUUGUGUACGUAUACGAUGCCCUUGCAGUCUGCCAUACAUUUGCUUGCAGAUUUCUGGUUGGAACACAGAUUUCGCGCUGGCCGUUAACGGCGCCGUGAAGAAGAGUAUCCGCCAUGGUCAGGGUGGCGUGGAAUGGACCAAAAUCCAGGCGAAAUGCAGUUGCGUGACAGAGAACGGUAAUAAAGAAACCUCUACCGUGCAGACCGCGACCCAUCCAGACUACCAACACAAUCACGUGGACGUAUAUGCGCGCUGCAAAGACGCGUGCGAGGAUCAGUACCCAGGAAGGAAGGUGGAGGUGGAAGAGUGCAAAGUUUGCACCAACGAUGUCUAGAAGGGAUAAGUGCUGACGAUAUGAUGUUCAAGCGCGGGAGGAAAAAGUACUUACACUUUGGCGACUUUCAGCAUAUCAUCAAUUUUUGAAGUUGGACCAUGAUAGAAAAAUAACGGCGUACAGGGUUUAGUUGUCGUGUUCGCCGGGGUAACUGACUCAUGUGCAGUGCGACCACUAUGUAUACGUUCAUUUCUUUUCGUUAGUGUUCGUAGUUGUGCUUCACUUUUUCGGUGUUUGUCUGGUGGUGCCUGAGUUGGAGAAAGAUGGACGGACCACUUGACCUUGAACACAGUUGAGAGGAGCAUAGAGUCGCUUGUCCUACGACUAAGUACCGAAAGAUAAACAAGAAAUACUAACCACGAGGAACGAGACGACAUACGCAAGCCAAACUUCUCUACGUAUGGAUCCGCCAAAAUAUUCAAG